CUAUAAGAAAAAUUAAAGUUGUAAAACAUGCUUCAAUGAUACUAAAAUAUUGAUGUAUUCUAAUAUUUAGAAUAUUAGUCAAUUAUAAAAAUCUUCAGCACAGAUUAAGAACAGUAAUGAUCACAAAGCACAAUAUGUUGUGUGAUAUAACGAAAUAUAAUUUUAAAUAUAUCUAAUCUUAUUUUAGAAUGGUGCAAAUAAUUAGGUCUAGGAAGAUUUUUAAUUAAAAUAUUUGUGAUAAUUAUUUAGCAUGUACAUAUAAUAAUACAUCUCAGAUUAAAUGCCUAGAUAACAUUGAUUAUAUCUAUAUUUUUUAUACUACAUGGAAAUAUUGGAUACACAAGAUGCUCUAACAUACUUUCACACAUUUAACUAUGUUAAUCUUGCUGAUGAAUAUUCACUCACUGUGAUAUUCAUACAAAUUCAUGUUAAAUUAUUUUCAAAAUACUAGUUCACAGAUAAAAAAAAUCCACUACAAAAUAUUUUAUGCUCUUAAGUAAUAGAAUUUCUGUAAUCAAAUUACAAGAUGGUCAAUUAAGUUAAGUGUUUUUCAUUUUCGUAUACUUACUCGAUCUUACCAUGUGUGCAGAUAGCCAUCGAAUUUGCACGUUAAAGUUUCCGUAUUUGCUAAUAAAACACAUUCCAUUUUUAAUGAGAUAUGGAUUAAACUACUUGUUACUUCCUUUAAAGAAAAGAAGAAAAUUUUCCAUGGUAGGGAGCCUUAAGAAAUACCAUAUAUAAUCAAAUAUUUUCGACAACACUCGUCAAUAACAAGAAUAAAACUAAAAUACAAUUUUUAUUUUAUUUUAUUUAUAAAGCUAUAAGAUAACAUUUUUUUUCAGCUAUGGAUUUUUUGAAUAUUAUUGCAAUCAUUUGUAUACCUAUGGCUGGGUAUGUGUUGGCGUUUCCACCAGCGUCUUUAGAACAUAGAGACGAUGAUCAGGAAUCAAUCAGUUCUUAUCAUUUUGAAUAUGCUGUCAAUGAUCCAAUAACGGGAGAUGUAAAGAAACACAAUGAAAUCAAUGACGGGUACGGUACGGUUAAGGGCAUGUACAGCAUGAUGGAAUCUGACGGUUCGAUGAGAGUAGUUGAGUAUACAGCGGAUGAUGUACAUGGUUUCAGAGCUCAAGUUAAAAAGAUCGAACAACCAAAUUAUAAAACUUAUCCAAAAACAGAAAUACCGGAAGACGUCUCUUACAAACUCGUCUCUGCUCAACAUCAAAAACCUAUUAUUGAAGAACAGGAAUACCAACCAGAAGAAUUGUCAUCGUCGUCGUCAUUACAUUGACAACUAUUCUAAUAAAUUGAUGGUUUGAAGAACAUCAAAAUCAAUCCUCUUCUUUUUAAAAUUAAAUAACAAUUUUACCACGCUUGUUUACUAUUUUGUUAUUUAUAAAUAAAUGAACUGUUGA